AUGCCUUUGGCCUUGACAUUUGCAAUGCCCAGCCCACGUGCGGCAGAGGCUCUCUUGCUGGAGGAGUACACUGCUCUAGAGCCAAAAAGCAAUGAAGUUGUGGUUGAAUUCCUUGCUGCCCCAGUUAACCCUCUGGACCUGGUGGUUUUGGCAGGUCAAUACCCCAUCAAGCCCAAAUUCCAAGUCAAUGGGAAAUAUGUUGGAGGCUUUGACGGCGUCGGUCGAGUUUUAGCGCGUGGCGGAGAUGUUACCAGUCUUGCGCCAGGCGAUCUCGUCAUACCAAAUACCCUAGGGCUUGGAACCUGGAGAACACAUGCUACAUUCCUAGCAAACGAUUUGAUCGCAAUUCCCGCAAAUUCGGACGUUUCAUUUGCAGCAAUUCUCAAAACAUCCGUCCUUACCGCUUAUUUUCUACUCGAGGAUAUGAGGCAAUUGAAGCCUGGAGAUUGGAUCAUCCAGAACGCCGGUCAGAGUACUAUUUCACAAAUGGUUGUUCAAAUCGCCCACUUACGCGGGGUGAAAGUAAUAUCAGUCAUUCGUGAUCGCGCACCGGAAGACAUCUGGGACAGCGAAGCGGAUAUUGUUCUUAACGAAUCCGACUUACCCGAUGCGCAAGUCCUUAAGGACAAACGGAUUUUGCUUGGCUUAGACUCCGUGUUUGGGCAGUCAGCGGAAAAGAUUGCAAGCUGCCUCUCAUCCCACGGUACUUUCGUAAAUUAUGGUCAACUGAGUGGUGGCGGCCCGACAUCAUGUGUCAAAGUUCCCCACAGGCAGUUUUUCUGGAAUCGCUUAUCCUUUCGAAGUUUCCGAGGUUCCGAACAGGCAGCGAUGCGUUCUGAUUCAGAAAUGAAGGACCUCUACAGGUGGUUUGUCGAACUCUAUGCGGAUGGCAGAGUGAAAAUGCCGAAAGUGAACCUUGUCAGCUGGUCCGGAGACCAGGACUCUUUGGCUGCCAAUAUACAGGAAGCAAUAACGAGGCAGCAGAACGCCGCCAUCGGAACAAAGAAAUCGAUUUUCAUCUAUCCAUCUACGACGAAAUUGUCCCAGUGCAAAAUUCCAUAUGUUGAUCCAGAGACUGCGCCUUCCAAUGUGGCUGCUGCCUUGAAAGAGAUGCCAAUGAAGAGGCAUAUUUUCUAUCUCCUAUCCCAUUCCCCUGGUAUUUUCCCUUCGAUAAUGGGGGUGUACUCCGCAUUCUUCCAGAAAACCACCAGGACAUUGCCUUUACUGGACUGGCAACUUAUCGUUCUACGAAUUGCGUCUUCUCUGGGAUGCCAAUAUGAAUGGGAUGUCAAUGCACCCGUAGCUAGAGUGCACGGAAUGAGUGAGGGCGUCAUGGAGGCAGUCAGGGCAUGUCAGAAGAUUAUUCUGGGAGAAGAUAAAUCGAACCAUACUGGAGUGUUCUCUUGGAGGCAGCUGGUGAUUCUGAAGUUUGUCGAUGAGCAACUUGCGACUUACACGAAUGAGGAGGACACGAUAACUCAGUUGCUUCAUGUUCUGACUUACACAGAGUUGGUUGAGGCUAUUUUUGUUAUUGGAUUCUACGUAAUGAUCGCAAGGCUGAUCAAGGCUGUGGGGAUUGAUCCGGAUGAGGAUAUUGUUGGUUUGGAAGAUAUGAUCAAGGCUGGAGUUAACUGA